CGUUCUGUCAAACGAAUGUAAUCGGAGCAGAAUCGUUCCUCGCGUUUUUCUCCCGCAACACAAAACAUGGCAUCGAUUCUGCGGUCAAGCAAAUUUGUAAGAUAUUUCGCCGGUUUCGCUCGGAACGUCGUAUUCAAUACCGUGCGUGAGACUGAAGGAAACCUCGUUCAACAAUCGCAGUGUUUGUGUAUCAAUUCUAUCAGUGGGUUUGCAACGUCGGCUGCAAAUUCGGGCCAAGCAUUGGAUCGGUCCCUGAAACGGCUCGAUGACGACGUACGGCGUUCGGGGCGUAUUUCUCGCCGUGACAUAGAGGAUGUUCUGGAAGAGAUACGUGUGAAUCGAUCGGCUACCAGUGCCCAAUCUUUGCUGGUAAUUCGCUGCUGUGGAAAUCUGGUUCCCGAAGAACUGCCAGAGGUACGGACAGCGCUGGUACAGGAAAUUUGGAACACACUCAACAGUCUGAAUGUGGCGAUGGACAUUUCCCACUACAAUGCACUUCUGCGAGUUUAUUUGGACAACGAACACCAGUUUUCACCGACGGAGUUUCUGGCCGAUCUGAAGGCCAAAGGAGUCGAACCGAAUCGAGUCACCUACCAGCGACUGAUUUCGCGUUACUGUCAGGAAGGAGAUAUCGAGGGCGCCACCAAAAUAUUAGAGUACAUGCGCGAGAAACAGUUACCGGUCAACGAGUACGUGUUUAAUGCUCUAAUCAUGGGUCAUUCACAGGCUGAUGAUCUGGAAUCAGCAACGGGAAUUCUGGCGGUUAUGGCCCAAGCAGGACUGCAACCUACGGCGGAUACGUACACUACGCUGUUGUGUGGAUAUGCUCGAAAUGGUGACAUAGACUACAUUAACAAGGCGUUGGAGACGUGCGAACAGAAGGAAAUCUACUUACUCGAUAAAGACAUACUGGAGAUUCUACAUUCGUUGGCAACCAAUGGCCACGCUGACAAGAUCGAUCCGUUAUUAUCGAAAAUCAGAAAACAGGCUGGUUAUAAUCAGGAUGCUGUCAACGUCAUUCUGCGUUUGAUUAACAAAGGUCAAGAGGAUGCUGCCUUGAAAUUAUUAAAGACUAUGCCUAGAGCAACGCGAAAUGAUGGCGAGUUGGCUAACACUGGUGGAUUUUUGAUUAAACAGCUGGUAAAAGCGAAACGACCGGCCGAAAAAAUUCUGGCUAUUUGCAAAGAAUUACAUGAUAAUGGGUUGAACACAAAUGCCUACGUGAUUGCGUUGGAGAGCUCUUUGAAGAAUGGAAUUGUCGAUUUGGCCAUCCCCAUUCUGAAAGCCUUUAACGAACAGAAUCAGCCGAUUCGUCAACACUACUUUUGGCCAUUGUUGUGUGCUAGCAACCAACCUAGACCGGAGGGUGUACUGAAUAUUCUCAGAACGAUGCUGGAUGAGUUCGAUAUUCAUCCGAACAGUGAAACUGUGCGUGAAUACGCAAUUCCCAAUCUUGGACUUAGCAACUAUGAAGAAAUAAUCCAUUUGCUUCGUAGCGCUGGAAUCUCUUCGGCAGUGGCGAGCGCAGGAUGUGUUUACUCUGCGCUAGAGAACAACAACCUGAAAGAAGCGGUUAGCAUUGCGUCUCGAUAUAAAGCUUAUUAUACACCUGGCAUUUAUCGCAAGGCUCUGGUUUCCGCACUUGUUCACUCCAAAGAUUUCAAUUCUUACAUUCACUUUUCUCGCUAUCUGUACGACAAUUUGAUGAGAAUCACGCAAAGAGAUGAGGCUAACGAUGAAGCCGAAGGUAACGAAAUCGACGCUCAUAAGUUUCAAGCAGAAGUUCUUGGAAUGAUGAUCUACGACGUACUAGUUUCUUUCAAAACCGACCGAGUCGAGGCUUUGACAAGAGUUCUAACAGGAUUUGUCAAUCAAGGGCUGACAAUAAGUCACUCGCAAGCGGAAAGAAUUCAGGAGAAACUUGGAUCGGAUAUGACAACCAAGAUCUCGACAAUGCUGAGCCGUUUAGCUGGCGGUGAUUUGCAACCGGUAGAACUGGAGCCGGCCGUUCCGAGAACAAGAAACGCAUGGUUCGACAUGUCGAUUCCUCAGCUUGAACGAUUGAUCAGUGAUUUGCAAAGUCGUGGUGAGAACACCAAUUCGUUGAAAAAUCAACUUAUUCGAAACGCAAUUCGUGCGAACGAUGUUGCGAAGACUGACGAGAUUCUGAAGCGACUUGAAGAGGAAAAGUACGUGAUUCAACCGGGAAUUUACGCCCAAAUCAUUGAGUUGUAUGCCAAUAGCGACAAAUCGGAGGAGGCCUUCGCUCUGUUGGAAAAGGUUAAAUCCAAUGCACCUGAUUUUGAGUUGGACGAAAUAAAAAUCGUAAAGCUUGCACAAGCUAUUCUGAGCCAGGAUCGGUUUGAGGACACUUUGAAGUUUUUGGAAGAGAACAAACCUACAACCGCUCGAGACGAUAAAGAAGUUGACUUCAAUUACAACAGUGUGGUAUGGAGGAUGCUCAACAGUCUGGCCGAGAAGGGAAAUGUAGAUCAGGUGAAUGCAUUGUUUACGAAUUUACUGGAUAACGGAUUCAUUACGCCGCAAAAUGUUUUUCUGGGUUCGUUAAUUAAGGUACAUCUAGUAAGAAACGAUGUACAAACAGCGAUCAACGUGUUUGAAGAUAUCUGUCAAAAGUAUCGUGCGACUCCGUGGAAAGCCGAACUCACUUCUCGACUGAUUCAAGCCGAAGACGCAACAAAUUUGCAACGCAUAACCGAUCUCAGCACUGAGGUACAUGGCGAAGUUAACAGUCUUUACGAUUUAGUGUUUGCAUUUGUUGAUUGUGGCCGAAUUCGACAGGCCAGGAAGAUACUGGAAACUCCUGGCUUGCGCACCAAAUACCAGCGUAUCCAGAAUGCUUGCGAACGUUACCAUUCGGAAGGUAAAACACAAAGCCUGGAAGGAUUGAUGGAAGCAACCAAGGAUUUAAACCAUAUUGAUCGAACAGAGAUAUAUCACAAACUACUGAAAAGUUACAUCGGUGAAAAGCAACCGGAGAAGGCACUUGGAUUGUGGACUAAAAUGCAGGAAGAGGAUGAAACUCCAUCGGAAGCAUUUUUAGUUGAGUUGUCUAAUUUCCUCAAAGAUUCAGGAUAUGAAGUUCCGUUUGUUGUUCCUACCGACACGGCUACUCCUCCCAAGGUAACGAAAAAAGAUCAAUCCGCAACACCGAAACGAUGGAUUUCUCCGACAACUAAAAAUUUCAAAGCGGCCAUAAAAAGUAGAAAUCCCGAUCUAAUAUUGGAAGCAAGCAACAAUUUAUCUCCGAAUGACAAGAUUAAUCUUACCGAACAAUCGAUGAUUGUCGAAGCAUUGGUAAACCGUGAUCGCUUAAACGAUGCUUCUAAGCUGGUACUGAAACUGCUUGAAGAAAAUCUUCACCCCAUUCCUCGAAUUUUCAAGUAUUACCUAAACAAAUUAGCUUUGAGUGGCGAUGUGGAAACAUUCGAACAGAUUAGCACGAUGCUGCCAGAUCAAGUGAAGCGGUUGAUUUCCUUCGAUAAUCGCCUAUGUCAUGCCAAUGUGUCCAGCGGAAAGGCUGAGCAGUACUUACAGCAGUUGGAAGCUACAAUCGAUGCCGUUUCUAGCAAAGAAGAUGCAGAAAAAGUGGCGAAACAUUUUCCAAUCGGUGGAGCCGCCGGAAUUCUUUCACAACAUCCGGAAUUGCACGACCGGUACCAAAAUCUUGCUGAGCGUUACAUCAAAUGGGAUAUAAUCUCGCCGAUCAAUGUUUUAUGGGCACAUCAUUUUACUGUUGGCAAUCCCGAACAGGCCAAAAUUUUGUGGGAUAAAUAUCUAACAAACAGCUCUCGAGUCAUGUUUCAGAAAGUUAUUCAACAUGCGCGAGAAACCAACGACGAUAAGCUUGUUCGCCGUUUGAUCGAUCAGCUGAAAAAUUCGAAAGUUACCGAAAACGGUAUUGGAAUCAUGUACAGCUGUUUGAUCGACGCAUUGAUGUCUAAAGGCCAAACGGAAGAAGCUCUCGGAGCGCUUAAAGAUGGUUUGAAGGAUGUCUGUCUAGAGCAUAUUAACCGGUCAGCACUGAAAAGGUUAAAGCAAGGCUUGGCAGAAAUUGGACAGGAAUUUCCAUACAUAAUUCCAGAACGGAAUGUAAAACCAGAGGACACAUCCAGCAGCAGCAGUAGUAGCAGUAGUGACGACGAUGUAGGAAAGAAAAAUUAAUGUUUCUAGAUAAUCACAUAAAUAUUUCAUUACACGAGAAAUAGUCAACAUACCUUUGUUUUACGAAACAGUCUUCUCGUCAUUAACCAUCUCUCGUUACUUUAUUGUCAUUUAUAAUUUCUAAUAGUUCUACCAUGAGA